CUAACAUUUUAACCAAGCGCCCUUACUAUCUCAGUGACCUGGUGUACAACACUGCUCUGACCCAAAAGUGUCGUGUGUUCAGAAUGAAGUUCAACCAUUUUAUACAUUUCUGGAUUAUUCUACACAUUCUAGUCGAGUUUUGUCCAAGCCACGUGCACGCAGCAAAGAGUUACAAGCUAGACUGGGUACUGGACCAGUCUCUUAACGUCUCCAUUGGAGACGGUGUUCAGAUAUUUGCACACACGACCAACGCGCCGUUCAUCUAUGUCGGUGCAGGACAGAUCGACUUCCGGGAAUUUCGGGGCAACUUCUUCAUCAACAACUAUGAGCAGGGUCGUAUCGGGCUGCAACAGUUCACACCGGUGGCCAACACGAGCACCUCCGACACGUUCAGGUUCAACUUCGGAAACUCUGUGAACCUGAACGUCACAUUCGCGACGCGAGACGGCUACCCACUCGUGAUAUCCUUCAGCGACCUUGACCCUAACACCUUCAAUGGCAUCUGGAUGCGCGUGGCGGCCACCACAGACGAGAAAGUGUAUGGCCUCGGGGAGCAGUACUCGUACCUCAAUCUCCGGGGUCGCAGCUACCCCAUAUGGGUCAGGGAGCAAGGUGUUGGUCGCAACAAAAGCGACAUCGUCACAUUCUUUGCCGACAACUAUGGCGGCGGUGCCGGUGGCGAUUACCACACGACUUACUUUCCGCAGACGACUUUCGUCAGCAGUCGAAAAUAUUCCUGUCAUUAUGGCGGUUACAACUACGCUGAAGUCAACUUUAUUCCGCAAACUUUCCACGAGAUUUACAUCUACGGACAGCCGCGGAGCUUCAAUUUCGAUGCCGGUUCAACCAUAAAGGAAGUAGUGCAGUCGAUUGCGCUCAAGCUUGGCACGCAGCCGGAACUUCCGGAUUGGGUUUACACGGGAGCGAUACUCGGGGUUCAGGGAGGAACACAAGUUGCGCAUGCGCAGAACAAUAACGUAAGCGUCAGCGGCCUGUGGAUACAGGACUGGGCAGGAAUUCUGCAAACGUCGUUUGGGAAACGUCUGUUCUGGGAUUGGAAGUGGAACCAGACGUAUUAUCCGGACUUGAACAACACGAUAGCCUCGCUGAAGAAACAAGGGAUUCGCGUGUUGGCUUACAUCAACCCGAACCUCAACGUUCAGGGGACGCUCUUCCAAGAGGGCGCCCGCCUCGGCCAUUUCAUACGGAACGUUUCGGGCGACCCCUUCCUAACCGACUUCGGGGAGUUCUACUGCGCGACCGUGGACCUAACGUCACCGGAUGCUCGAAUGUGGUACAAGGGCGUUAUUCAGAAGAACAUGAUGGACCUCGGUUUGAGCGGCUGGAUGGCGGACUUCGGCGAGUACGUACCGGCAGACGGCGCCUUCUUCUACAGCAACGAGACGGGUCGAGUGGUUCACAACAAGUGGCCGCGUCUGUGGGCCGAGGUGAACCGCAUGGCGACCGACGAAAGUAACGUCACAGGCGACGUCGUAUUCUGGAUGCGCGCCGGCGCUGCGGGUGUCGGCAACUACACCACCCUGAUGUGGGCAGGCGACCAGAACGUCGACUUCAGCUACGCCGACGGUCUCCCGUCCACAAUCCCCGCCGCUCUCAACAUGGGGAUGUCUGGCGUAGGAAUCACCCACUUUGACAUCGGUGGUUACACAACCGCCGCCCAAUUCCGGGCGCUCGGACAGGCGCUCGUACGUAGCGACGAGCUUCUACUGAGAUCGGCGGAGGCAGCGGUGUUUACACCAAUGUUUCGGAGUCACGAAGGAAACCAGCCCCAGGCAAACGUCCAAUUCUACAGCAACGAUUAUAUUGAACAGCAGUUCGGACGUCUCUCUCGGAUGUUUGUCCAUAUUGCCAACUACACACGUCACGUGGUGCAAGAGAACAGCCUCUUCGGAACGCCCGCACAGCGUCCUCUGUUUAUGGAAUUUCCCGACGACCCUGCGGCAUGGGCUGUCACCUACCAGUACAUGUACGGCGACAAAGUCUUAGUAGCUCCAGUGAUUGCCACUAACGUUACAUCACAGACCGUGUACCUACCGAAGGGCCCGGGCUCGGCGGGCUGGCACUUCCUGUGGAGCGACCGAUCCUAUCCCGGCGGCCAAUUUGCUAACGUCCCAGCUCCGAUUGGUCAGCCCCCGGUGUUUUAUCUUAGCUCGCCCGAGUAUGAUGACAUAUUUACGGCGGUUAAGCGGAAAUUCCCUUUGGUCCAACCCCCACCACCAACCACUCCGCAUGCCGAAACGUCCACUGUUAGUACUAAAAGCACCAAUUCUUGUACAAGUGUGCAUGUACUGAAUUCUCUUAUAAUGAUGUGUGUUGUAUUGCACGUGUUUUAAGUGUGUUUUAAUGUUUUUUUUAAUCGCAUUUUAUUACUAGAAUGGUAUUGUGUACCAGAAGCUUUAUUUACACGUUAAGUUCAUAAAGUACAAGUAGGUAGUACAUGUAUAUGUGUCUAACUUGUAUGAUUUUAAAUUAGUGUAUAUGUUCUUUCGUUGUAAUAAAAAGUAACUUUGCA